AUGUCACUAGACAAGUAUUUCAAGCGUAAAUCCCUUGAGGAUGAAGAGUCAAUCAAAGCUUCAAGUCAUGUAACUCAAUCAGGUUCAAAGAAAAGUCAUAUUGAAAUCAACCCCGACACUCUCCUUGUUGACCCUGGCUUAAGAAGACCAAUUUAUGAAUAUCAUAUAAAUGAUAGAGAUGCAAUCCGAAGAGCUUAUCUACAAAAAGGUCAUUGUCAACCUUCACACUGUGAUUUUCCUCAAAAACAAUUUGGGAAUAUAUCAACACUACGACGCUUAAAUCCAGCUUGGUUUGGUGCAUAUCCAAUAUGGUUAGAGUACAGCAUAGCCAAAGAUGUUGCCUUUUGCUUGUAUUGUUAUCUCUUCAAGUCAAAAGGGGGUGUUGAUUCGUUUGUGGGUGAUGGGUUUUCAAAUUGGAAAAAAAAGGAAAUAUUUGAUCUUCAUAUUGAAAAGUCUAAUAGUAGUCACAAUGCAGCUCAGAUAAAAUGUGAGAAUUUGAUGAAUGAAAAACAAAGUAUCAUGACUUUGUUAUCUGAGCAGACAGUAAAGAGUCAAAGUGAUUAUCGAACUCGAUUGAAUGCUUCAAUAGAGUGUGCUCGUUUUUUGUUGCAUCAAGGACUUCCAUUUCGUGGCCAUGAUGAAUGUGAAUGUUCAAGCAACCAAGAAAAUUAUCUAGAGCUCUUGCAUUUUCUUUCCAAAAAUAAUGAAACUAUUAAAAGAGUUACUUUCAGUGAAGCUCCCAGACAUAAAAAAUUGACUUCUCCAGAUAUUCAAAAAGACAUUACUCAAGCUGCUGUAGAGGAGAUUACAAAUGUGAUUAUCAAAGAUCUAGGUGACUCAUUAUUUUCAAUUUUAAUUGAUGAGUCACGUGACAUAUCAAUCAAGGAACAAAUGGUUGUUGUUCUACGAUAUGUAGAUAACAAUGGACAUAUAAUUGAACGUUUUAUUGGCAUUCAACAUGUGCGAGAUACAACUGUUAGUUCACUCAAGGCAGCUAUUGAAGCUUUGUUUUCUAAACAUGGGCUAAGCAUAUCAAAAUUACGUGGUCAGGGAUAUGAUGGAGCUAGUAACAUGCGAGGUGAAUUCAAUGGCUUGAAAGCACUUAUUCUAAAUAGCAAUCCAAGUGCAUAUUAUGUACAUUGUUUUGCUCACAGACUUCAAUUGACUCUUGUGGCUGUUACAAAGAAGCAUAAUGAAGUUGGAGAUGUCUUCAAUUUUUUUUCUAGCAUUAUAAACAUAGUUGGAGCAUCAUGCAAAAGGAUGGAGGUGAUUAGAGAAAAACAAUAUGGUAGAAUUAUUGAAGGACUUGAAAAUGGAGAAAUUUCUAGUGGACGAGGCUUGAAUCAAGAAACUUCUCUUAGAAGGUAUGGUGACACCAAUUGGGGCUCCCACUAUGUUACAAUUAUUCGUCUACUUGCAAUGUUUUCAUCAGUUCUUGAUGUGCUUGAGAUUAUAAGGGAGGAUGAGAUGGACUCAAAAUAA